AUGUUUAGGUUGGGUAUAUCACGUUGUAAUGGUUCAAUACUAAGGAAUCAACUCAGAAUUACCAAAAUACAACCACCAGUUUCAAAAAUCAAUAUACCCAAAAUAACAUUCUCAUCAUCAAUAUCAAUUCGUAAUAAUUCAACUUCAACUUCAAAUACAACAUCACAAGAAAUUCAAGAUAAAUUAGUAUUAUUCGAUCAUCAUCCAGACUUAUCUCAAGCGGUAUCAAAUCCAAAUAUACAUUCAGAUCAAAUUGGAUAUUUAGAAUCAAUAGGAUUAGGUCAAGGUUGGGGUCCAACUGCAAUAAUUGAAAAGUUAUUAGAAUAUACUCAUGUUUAUACUGGUUUACCAUGGUGGUCAACAAUAGUUGUUUUAGCAGUAGCAGUAAGAGUAGUAUUAUUUCCAUUAUAUGUAAAAGCAAGUUCAAAUGCUACAAGAAUGUCUGAAAUAAAACCACAAUUAGAUAAAAUAAUGAAAGAUAUAAAAGGUGGGGAUAUUCAAGAUCAAAUGAAAGGAAUGGAAAAAAGAAAAAAAUUAAUGAAAUUACAUAAUGUUUCAACUUUAGCUGGUUUAGCUCCAGUUUUACAAUUACCAUUGGCUUAUGGAUUUUUCCAAGCAUUAAGAAAAAUGGCAAAUCAUCCAGUUGAAGGUUUUAAUGAUCAAGGUAUUGCAUGGUUUACAAAUUUAAGUGAUGUUGAUCCUUAUUUGGGUUUACAAGCUAUUGCUGCUUUAUGUAUUAUAAGUGUUGUUAGAAUGGGAGGAGAAACUGGUCAACAUGCAAUGGCUAAAAGUAUGCAAAAAAUAAUGACAAUUGUUCCAAUAGCUUCUAUUUUUAUAACUAAAAAUUUUUCAGCAGCUAUAGUAUUAUAUUUUGCAAUUAAUUCCAUUUUAUCAUUAAUUCAAAGUUUAAUUUUUAAAUCAAAUUAUUUAAGAAAAUUAUUAGGUAUGCCUAAAAAAUUAUCAACUUCUCAAUUAAAUCAAUCAAAUUCUGGUCAAUCACAAUCUAUUAAAGAAAUGGUAAGUAAAUUUGUUGAUGAUUCUAAAGAAAAAAGUAUAAAAGCUGCUAGAGAUGCAAAUAAAAGAAUGGAAGUUACAAAACAAAGAAAAAAUAGUUUUAAUGAUGGGUUUAUAAAAAAACAUUAA